AUGAACACGACAACACCGAAGAAAUCUGUCCACUGGACGCUCCUCAACUACGCCAAAUCGCCCACCUCGCUGCCAUCUCCUAUAUUUUCCGAAGGGUCCUCCAUCUCAUCCGUCACAUCCACCUCAACACUCCAACACCUCAACUCGCAACUCGUAGCGCAUGGAUUUGCAACGGCUCCCGGACUCUCGCUGGAUGGGUGUUCGAAUGCUGAUAUGGACGGCGUUGUGAAGUGUUUGAUGGGGAUGUUAUCUCAAAGAAUGGAGGACAUGUCACGGACGGAGGAACUGUCGACGAAACUGAGGACUAUGUCCUACGACCACGACCGCCUAUUCACCAUGCAUCGCGCCGCCGUCGAGAAGACAGCAAACGCCGAACGCGAAACGAAUCUCCACAAAUCCAAGCUCGCCACCGCAACCCGCGCGCUCGCCCAAUCUGAAGCCGCUCACAAACAAACGACCCUCGAACUCCAACGCACACGCACGUCCCUCCAAGCCCUCCGCUCCCAACAUACCACCGCGCUCCAAAAGCGAGACUCCGAAAUCAGCAAGAUCACAGAGAAAUGGAACAAACUGUCCGACUCGCAGCUCCGCGGCUCUUCCAACCAUCACUCCUCCAUGUCAGGCUCGGGAGGGAUGCGCUCGGGGAUGACGCUCGUCAAUUCUGGGAAUGGUGAGAUCGUGGAGGAAAAGUUUGGUAGUAAGAUGAGGAGAGGGAAGGGCGUGCUGGAGUGUGCGUUGGAAGAGGCGGAGGAGGCGUGUGGGAGGUUGAGGGAGGAGAAUGCGGAAGUUAAGGGAUUGGUGGUGGAUGUUACGAAUACGGUACAGCGGAUAUUGCAGAAAGCUUUAGGAAAGGAUCCAGACGGUGAGGAUGCGCCCGAACCCCUAGGUUCCUUAGACCUCUUCCCCCACCCAGGCAAUAUAGGCCCCUCCGACACCGCCUUCGACAAACUAAGCUCGCUGCUCACACGUCUCCGGAACGCUAUCGUGGACCUUCUCCCAGACGCAGACUCCCCCUCCAACAAUAACGCUGAUCCGAGUGCUUCGACUUCGACUACGACGACACUUAUUGGCGAUCAGGCGGGGGCAGGUAAUGGGAAGUUCAAACCUUGUGAACAUGGGGAGGAGAUCGAGAGACUGAAGGCGACGAUUGAGAUGCUGCGUUCAGAACUCGACAAAGCACACAAAGAGCAAACAGAAUAUGCCACACGCGCCCAAGCCCUCUUCGAUGAGUUCGCAGCGAAUCCACCACAAUUGACCAUGCUUCCCGCUACCGCGACGGACACGAGAGAGUUAGGUAAAGGGAUGGAAGAGCUACAACAGGGGAGGGAGGAGUUGGAGCAGGAGAGGCUUGCGUUUACGGAGGUUGCGAUGCAGGUGGGCAGGGAGAGGGCGGAUCUAGAGGCUGAACGGCUGAAGUUCCUCGAAGAGAGACGUUCGUGGCAGAUAUCUCAACUAGAGAACAAUCACAACCACACCAACAAAGCCAACAACACCCUUGCCUCCCACUUCCCCCCAGAACCCAUCGACACAGACACCGACAUCCCAGAAGCAGACGACCGCCCGCCCUCACCUACCUCUUCCGCCCCUUUCUCUCCCCCACCAGCACCCCCUUCCAAAUCACACAACCCCCGCAAAUCGCGCUCCUCAACCUCCCGGCCCAUCCAUAUUCACACGCAUGUCACACUCCGAAGCCCGGCGCGCGAAAAAGCCCGGAGGAUGUCCAAGGUGAGAUCGCCUGUGAAGCCCGGGGGAAAGGGAGCGGGAUUGAAGGCUGCGUUGGCGAAGUCGAGGGGGGCGGGGGCUGGUGGCAGUGGUAGCAGUUCAGGCGCGGGUGCUAGCGGCUCGAAGCCGAAGGAGACACAAACACAAGCAAGAGGAGUGAGGAGGUCUUCGAGGAGAUCUUCUCGACGAGGUUCGGCUGGUAGUGGGAGUGGUAGUGCAGGGCCGAGCGUCGUCCCGUCGUACGAGACGGAAUUGAAUCUUCCCCCUGGAGCUGGAGCGGGGAAUAUUGGGAGUGGGAUGGGGCUAGGUCUGGGCCACUUCGUGCUUCCACCUCCGAGCCCACAGUCUACUCUACCGCCGAGCAAAUUGCUCGCUGCUGUCGCAACUACUUCCGCACCCGCCACGGGCACGGGCACAAGUAGGACAAGAACGACGAGUUCGGGAAGUGGCGGAAAUGUGGCGAGUCAACAUCCUGGGAAGAUCGUCCAUUCGAGGGGGUCUGGUAAGAUGAAUGUAGAUCCAGAGGAACCGUCGACUACGCCGCCUUGGGGGAUUCCGUCCGCAUCGUCAUCUAAUUCCGAACUACCAGCACUAGUCCCAGUGCCCGCUCCACAUCCUGACCCUGUCAAAAAACCACAACCGCAACCUCCAGCCGUUGAGUCUCAACCCAUCACAGGCCCCUCCAACCCUUCCGAAAACCCCUUCAUGCUCCUCCCCUCACAAAACCCCUCCAACCCAUUCAACCCCAACCCCUCCCAAUCUCAACUUCACCAGAACCCCUCCGCCCGCCCGUCCUUCCCCCAAGCCAAGCCCCACGCCAAACACAUGAUCCACGCCUACUCCCCCGCGCGCCCUUCCCCGCUCAGCCGCAUCCUGCUCAUGGGCAAUUCCCCAGAAAACGGAGGUCCGCCACCACUGCCGGCGCCGCAACUGGCGUUAGGGAUGCUGGGGGAGGAGGACGAGAGUAUGGAUAUUGAGGAUUUGAUGCGGGAGCCGGAUGUGGGAGCGAAGGUGCCGAGGAUGCAAAAGGAGAUGGAGGACGAUAAUCCGAUGGAGGAGCGAGUGAGGUCUGGGCAGGGAGCGAAGGGUAGGGCUGCUGGGACGUCGAAGGUCAAGGCUACGGCUGCAGCCAAAUCGAACCCUGCGCUGGACGUCCCGGCUCCAAAGAAGAAGCAGACCGUGCCCACAGCUGGAGCAGGAGCAGGAGCUGGCCCGAGCAUAGAUAAAGGCAAGGGCAAAGCAAAGGAGAAGGAGCGAGAGAAGACCGGGACGAGCAGUGAGGCUACAGGUGCGGGAGCAUCGACCUCGAGAAAACGGGCAGAUGCUGUGGGGAAGGAGAAUGCGGUGAAGAAAAAAGCAAGGACGGGCCCAACGACUUCCGUGGUCACUUCUACCGCCGCUUCUUCCAAACCAUCCACUUCAACAGCAACGACAGGAGGGAGGACGCUCAGGUCUUCGACAUCGACGUCAACGGCAAAAUUGAGGUCAUCUGCCUCGACGGCGGCAUUCAAAACUACUUCGGGUGCGGGAGGUGCAGCGGGGUCUAGGACGGCGGUGAAGAAGACGAGUGGAGGACCGAGGAGGGUUCCGGUUGAUAGUACGGAGGCUGCACCUGCACCUAGCGGGCGGACUUGGAGAGGAUGAUGAUGCGGAUAUGGAGGGUGUGAUGACGGAUGUGGGGGUUGGGGUGUAGUAGUCAAGCGGAUGGGAUUGGUGGACAUGUUACAUACCCUUGUGUUUCAGUUUGAGUCGAGUCUUAGUUUUCGCUGAGCGUCCAGUGUAGUUUUUAUUAUCAGUGGCUAACUUUCCCUUGAUUUAUAUCGCUGUGAUUUUGAACCAGACAGAUAUUGC